CAUAUUUUGUCAAAAAGGUGACAUGUUUAAUGGCAAACAUAUUUAUUUAUUCCCAUUUGUUAUUAAGAUAAAGAUUGUUUCUUCUCAUUACGAAUUCGACUAAAUUAUAAAUGAGUCUACGUUUUUUUAAAAUGUAAUUGGAACUAAAUACCGUGUUGUAACAUACUGGUGCAAUAUAAUCCAAGAAAAGAACUAUUGUUUCUUGACCUAGGAUAAAUGUUUCUUUUGGAUUUCAAAACAAAUCAACAGGCACUUGAGAAAUAAACUCUUUGGGUUUAGCAAAAAGGAUUUGAUUGUAACAUUGAGCUUCCUAGAACAAUGAGAGUCUUUUUCAUAAUUUUUGGAACUUUUUUCUGGGUAACAAACCAAGGUACUCGUGCAGUAGUAGCAAGCAAUUCAAUCCAAACUAGCACAAAAUGUGAAUUUUAUAAUCAAACCAUGUGUGCUAAUCCCAAUGAUCCUAAUUGUAAAGAUGUGGAAGAAUGUGAACAGCCAGAAGAUGGAAAGAGAAGUCAUUGUUUUGUGGUAUGGACUGAAGAUGAGAAUGGUGUGAUGAAUGUGUCUUUGAAGGGAUGUUUUUUGGACAAUGAAGAUUGCUACAAUAAAUCUGAUUGUGUGGCGAAAGUUUCAAAUCCUGGUAAAUUCCUCUUCUGUUGCUGUGAGGGAAACAUGUGUAACCAGAAUUUCAAAUGGCUUUUAACUCCAACUGAAUCUCCUCCAUUGAGUUCUCCUAUUCCUGCAAUAUCACCAGCUUCAUUGACCAUAUUGGAAGUUGCCAUCUUCAUUGCACUUUUCUUCGUUCUCUUUUUCAUCUUGAUUAUUUGCUAUAUUUGGUACAGGAAAACUAAAGUAUUUAAUGAGUUGCCAACUACAGACCCCAGUCCAUUACCACCUCCGUCGCCUUACUUAGAUUUGAGGCCCAUCCAGCUGAUUGAGAUUAAAGCCAAAGGAAGAUUUGGUGUUGUUUGGAAGGCUAAAUUCAAAACAGAAGAGAUUGCGGUUAAGGUUUUUCCUGUUCAGGAUAAACAAUCAUGGGUGACAGAGCAGGAAAUUUUCAAACUGCUCAACAUGAAUCAUCCAAAUAUAUUGCAAUAUAUUGGUGUAGAGAAGCAUGGUGACAAUUUGCAUUCAGAAUUUUGGCUGUUAACUGCGUUUCACGAGAGUGGAUCUUUAUGUGAUUUUCUAAAAGCUCAUACAUUGACAUGGCCCGAGUUAUGCAAGAUCGCCGAGACAAUGGCAAGAGGUUUGAUGUACUUGCACGAAGCUCUUCCGGGAAAAACACCUGGGGAAUUCAUUAAACCAGCUGUGGCACACAGAGAUUUCAAAAGUAAAAAUGUCUUAUUGAAGAGCGACUUGACAGCUUGUAUAGCCGAUUUUGGCCUUGCUAUUGUUUUUGAAGCAGGAAAAGCCUGUGGAGAUGCACAUGGACAAGUUGGAACCAGAAGAUAUAUGGCUCCAGAGGUUUUAGAAGGUGCCAUUAACUUCACUCCUGAUGCUUUCCUGAGAAUUGAUAUGUAUGCCUGCGGUUUGGUAUUGUGGGAACUUGUGUCUCGUUGCACAGCACAGGAAGGUCCAAUACCAGAGUAUCGAUUGCCCUUUGAGGAGGAGGUGGGUCAACAUCCAACUUUGGAAGAUAUGCAGGAAUACGUUGUACAAAAAAAAGUUCGACCUACUAUACGGGAUCAUUGGAGGCAUCAUCCGGGUUUGGCUGGUAUAUGUGAUACAAUGGAAGAAUGUUGGGAUCAUGAUGCUGAAGCGAGACUUUCAGCCUCUUGUGUCAUGGAACGAGCUAUGCAGCUAAGCAAAUUUCAGCCGAAUUCAAUCAGUUGGAGGAUAGAGAAUGACAAAAACAUGACGCAAGUGAAAGAGAUCAGUAUGUGAGAGAACAAACACAGAAUUUCUCCUGUACCUGCACUACUACAGUAAUAAGUAUCUGGCUCUUUCGCUAGCCAACGCUGUAUAUUGUUAGUAACCACACCUGCCUAUUUGUACAAUGAAAUUAUUUUGUUACAGUGAUACAUUUAUGAGAUUAUAUACAUACAGCCAUUCAAAGGUGGAUGUUAGGUUUGAGAUAUCUGUCUUUGGAAGGAUACUAAAUUCUCGAUAAGUUUUACUGCAUGAAUUAGGGUGUUUUAUACUUAUAAAUUAUUAUUGAAGGAAUUUUGUUUUAUAAUAGUUUUGAAACUAUUAUAAUAUUUGCAACAUAACAAAUUAUUGAAUUUUGACCUUAAUAUAAGUGUUAUGGGUCACACGAAUACGAAAAUUGAAUAGGGCAUUAUUCAUAAUGUAGUUCUGUAUAAAUGAUGACCUUUCAAAGUGACAAAGUGAUUAUUAAUCAUUUGAACUUGAUUUAUCAUCACUUAUAAAUAAUUUAAUCUAUUAGGAAAAUAAUUCGACAGAACGAUCUCUAAAGAAUAUUUUCCAUAAUGUGCGGUCAUUUUUAUUCAAUAAUUAUUUUAUAUUAUGUAAUUUUUGUAUUCAUCAAAAUGGACAUUAUUUUUACAGAAUGCCUGGGUAUUAUAUACAAUGCCCUAUUAAUUAUAUCAUUCAUGACUGAACUCUUCAUUAACUGAUUCUUUGUCAGCAAUAUUUUGAACUUUGAAAUUACGCACAUAUAUGUAUCUUUUUAAACUAAUUCUUGAAUUUCAUGUAUUGAAUAUUGAGAAAUGAUAACUAAGUGAUAUAUUUUGGACAUCAUUUUAGUGUUAUUGAAUAUUGGUAUCCCUUUCUAUCAGAUAUUUCAUAGCCCGUCCAUUUCUCCUAAUACAGUGCCAAGAAAUAUUUAUUAAAAUAGGUUGUACUAUAUUGUUAUUAUUUCAAUGUUCAUUCUAGGAAAAUUAACUACAAUUUCUUGUAUAUAUUGUGGGAAUAUUUUCAAAGUGUUGGGUAUUGACGAUUUGGAUGUGAUUUGAAAAUAAGGAAAGAUUUAAAGAUUCGUUAUAUAUUCAAUGGUAACAUAUCAGAAAUAGGUUUUUUUGAGACAUUACUUCAAGCCAUUUUAGUGCUUUGAAUUUGGGGAGGGGGUCGUUAGUUCUGAUGAAAUAGAUGUUGAGAGGCUUCUGAAAUUAGGAAUUGAGUUUCAACUUCAUUUUGUCAUCAGUUGUUUUAAUACAAAUCAAUAUCGUGAUUUGAAGUUAGAAUGAAUAAUAAUACACAGAGGAUAAAUCAGAUGAGCUUUAAAUGUGACAUGUGUGAUAUUAAGGUUAGUGUGCAAUUUAUUUGAAUUGGACUAUUUGAUAUACAUACUGAAGAUAAUUUUUAUAUAGUAAUUUUUGAGGUAGUUUUAAGAAAAUUUAUCAAAUAUUUUGAUAUGCUGUAUAGGGAAUUAUCAAAACUAUAAUACUGACACAUGUGGAACUGAAGUUGAGAAAAGUCAGUUAAUUUUCUUGGAAUGAAUCAGUCUGAAAAGAUAUCGACGUCACAAACUCGUAAAUUAUUAAGCUGUUGAAAAACUGAAUAUCAAGGUAGCUUUACUAGUAGUAUUCUUAUAUGAGGACCCUUUUAUGGUCCUUUGUUUUAAAAUUGUCUUUUUGGUCAGAUACAUUUAUCAUGUGAAUAUAUCCAUUUAUCGGAAGCAAUACAUAUAUGAAUGUAUUGACUUGGUUUGUUGUUUUCAAUGAUAAACCAUUUUUUAAGAAUAUGGAUUAGGCAACUUGUUAUUUAUUAGUACCUUCUAUUUUUCCUUUUAAUAUUAAGGAUGGAAACUAAUGAUUGACUAUUUAGUGUUAUCAAUAUAUUGGAAGUUAAUAAUGUAAUGUAUUCUAAGAAUUAUAUUUUUCUGUAAUUUGAAUCUCGGUUCAGGCUAAAAUAGGUCAAAUACUUGUACAUUGAUUUAGUGCUCAAAAACAUGAAUUUUCUAUGAAAUAAUUUUUUAUUUCUUCAUUCAGUAGGACGAUUUAUUAAAAAAUACUUAAGUGGUUACUUUUCUUGACAAUAAUUUUCUUCAAUAAGUGUUAUUUCUCCACUUUUUGUUGAUUACAGGAAGCCAUUAAUAAGAACCAAUUCAAUUCUUACAUAGUGAAUAAUAGUUAUUCAAUGAAAUGUAUUGUUAACCAAUGUUAAUAUUAUAUUUGGAAUAAAUCACUGUAUAUUUGUGCACUAUUGUAAAAUUCUCAUAUCAAUUGGUUAAUAAUAGCAUUAGAUAUUGGAUUAGUCUGUAUCAAAACAUCCAUGUACUUUCCUAAUGAAUAAUUCAAUUUU